UUCGGCUGUCUCCGCGCCCGGCGCUCGGUGGCGCUCGGCUGUCUCCGGCCGCUCGGCUCGGCGCUCGGCUCGGGUCCGCGGCCGCUGCGGCGCCGGGCAUUUCUCCGCAGCUCGGCUCGCGGCCGCGCCCGCCCGGCCCGCGCCCAUGCAGGCCAUCAAGUGCGUGGUGGUCGGCGACGGCGCCGUGGGGAAGACCUGCUUGCUGAUCAGCUACACGACCAACGCCUUCCCUGGAGAGUACAUCCCCACCGUUUUUGACAACUAUUCUGCGAAUGUGAUGGUGGACGGGAAGCCUGUCAACCUGGGGCUGUGGGACACCGCUGGGCAGGAGGACUACGACCGGCUUCGGCCACUCUCCUACCCCCAAACUGACGUCUUUCUGAUCUGCUUCUCCCUGGUGAGCCCAGCCUCCUUUGAGAAUGUUCGAGCCAAGUGGUACCCAGAGGUUCGGCACCACUGCCCCCACACGCCCAUCCUCCUGGUGGGCACCAAGCUGGACCUUCGUGACGAUAAGGACACCAUUGAGCGGCUACGGGAUAAGAAGCUAGCACCUAUCACUUACCCCCAGGGCCUGGCCAUGGCCCGGGAGAUCGGUGAGCUCUGUCAAGUACCUGGAGUGCUCAGCCCUGACCCAGCGGGGCUUGAAGACUGUGUUUGAUGAGGCCAUCCGGGCUGUGCUCUGCCCGCCUCCUGUGAAGAAGCCGGGGAAGAAGUGCACGGUCUUCUAGAGCCCUCACUUCUGGAGGAGCAGCUCCCAGCCGCCCGCGCCUGUAUCUGUUGUGUUGAGAUGUCUGGUGUCCCUGAGUCUGCUGUGGGGAAGUUGUGUGGGUGGGGAGGGGGAAGAGUCACGGGGACAAGGCUGCUGCUUCUGGGUUGGUGUUGGGGCCGUGGGGUCCUGUCCACUCUGCCUCCUCUACCUGGGGGUACAGCUCCAGCCUUCCCUGGCCCCCAGGGAGUCCAGAAGGGAGCAGGGUCUCCCUCAGGCUGCAGGGGCAGGUCCAGGGCAGCCCCAGGAUGGGCUUCCCUGAUGGGGGAGUUUGUGGGGUGGGUUCUGUCCUUGUGCCCCAGGAUGGGGCAGCCCCUUUUCAUUUUAUACAAUAAACG